GCACGGGGCAGGGAUAGACUGGGGAACUAAGUGAUGCACAUAUUUACAGAUCAAAAAGGGAAAAAAGGAGGGAUUCGGGGGCAGUAAAAGAGGCAGAUAGGGCUGGGAAGGGAGAACUGGAAAGAAGAUAAAGAGAGGAUUAUAGUGCAAAAAGAGCAUUUGUGUGCAGUAUAUUUAUUUUGAGAGCACAUGGGAGAUGGUAGCAGGGUGGGAUGGAGAGGAUGGGUUCCUCUGAUGCAGAUUAUCCAUACCUUCACUGGCAGCUGGCCCAUCUGUGAAAUGGUUGGAUCAUUUUCAUCAUUGCUGGACCCAAGUCUAAUCCUAUAUCUCACAGGGAGGAUAUCCCUUGUGUAAUCUCACCCAGAAGAAGACAUGGCAAUGCUAUGGUGGAUACUUCUCUGGUAUGCCCAGCAGAUUGUCUAUGCCAACGAGAGCUCCCCAUGGACAACCAAUGCUAAGGAGUGGAUUGCAGCACCAACACCCACUCCACCAUCCACAACUUCAAAUGGCUCGCCCAACACCUUGUUUCCUUCCUCUGUUUCCUCCUUAGCACUCUCUGCCCCAGCAGACUCUUCUCCGCCAUCUCCAGAAUCCACAUCAUCACUUCAUUCAUCUCUUCCAUUUUCCCCUUCUACCUCUUCCACCUUGCCAAUGACCACUCUGUCCCCUUCCCCUGAUUUAGACCAAGUCGAUGAGGAAGGCAGCAAAGCAGCUCUAAACUUUCUACACUCAGGGGACCACCUUUUGCUUUCAGAAGCCAAUUGUUCGAAAAGUUUUGAGCUCACUGACCUGCAGGGACUCCCACCAGAGACAGUUCUUUUCCACCUUAGGGGACCACGAGAUUCUUUGCUCCAUGCCACAAACUUCCUCAAUAUGAUUUUCCAGGCCAGUGACAUGCGUGAGUCAAGCAUAAAAGAGGACAUGGAGUGGUACCAUGCUUUGGUAAGGAGCCUGGCAGGUGGACACCCACACAUUCGACGAGCCCUGCUUUCCCUCUCUGCACACCCUAUGUCCUCCAAGCCCCUGCUGCUUCUCCAAGCCACAAAGAAAGGUCAUGAGAUUUUUCUACAGGAUCUUUCUUCUGAUUUCUACCAUGGAAGGCACAAAGGGAACUGGGGGUCGUGGGACAAUUCCCAUGCCGGUCACUCCUUGACUAAGGCAAUUCUCUUGAAUGACCUCAGAAGCCUCGACACACCAAAAUGGAGCAGAGGGGACAGCUACAUUGUAGACCUCAGCCAUGUGCGGUGGACCAAACCUUUCCUGGAAUGCGAGGGGGGACAUUUUUUGCAAGGAUGGAUGAUCUCCCUCUCCACAGCUUUCUAUGGGUUGAAGCCUGAUCUAAGUCCGGAGUUUAAGGGGACCUUACGCGUGGAUGUGCAGCUGCUGAAUUUGGGGAUAGAUCAAUGUGCCAAAGGGUCCGCUUGGUUUGGAAACAGCCACAACUGUGAUGAGAACAGUACCCAGUGCAUAUCGGAUGAAAAAGACGGCUCCAUCUUGGGCAGGUACCGAUGCGUGUGCCAGCCUGGCUAUUACAGGACACGCCAUGAGGGCUCCGAGCUUUCUAACGUGGCUUGUCGGCCAUGCAGUGAAGGCUGUGCAACGUGUGUGGAUGGCAGCCCCUGCCUGGUGGAGGAGGACUGGUCCCUCCGGGUUACCGUCCUGUCAGUGCAGGCCACGGGGAUGCUGGCGGUGUUCCUCAGCAUGCUGGUGUCUUACAACUUCCGCGACAACAAAAGAAUCCGUGCCUCUGGAGUCUUACUCCUGGAGACCAUCCUGUUUGGGUCUCUGCUGCUCUACUUUCCGGUGUUCAUCCUGUACUUUAAGCCCAGUGUUUUCCGAUGUGUGGCUCUGCGCUGGGUCCGCCUGCUGGGAUUCUGUAUUGUGUACGGAACCAUUGUUUUAAAACUGUACAGGGUCAUGAAAGUGUUCCUCUCGCGCACGGCUCAGCGGGUCCCCUACCUGACGAGCAUGCGUUUGCUGCGCAUGGUGAUUGUCUUCCUGCUGUUUUGCAUUUGGUUCCUGGUGGGAUGGACUCUGGGCGCACUAGAGAACCUGCAGCGAGGCGUUCCGGUGGUGAUUCGCUCGCAAACACGAGAGGGCCUCGUUUUUUACACUUGCGACCAUGACCGCUGGGAUUACAUGAUGUCUAUAGCCGAGGUGCUCCUUCUUUGCUGGGGAAGCUUCCUGUGUUAUAGAGCCAGAUCAAUUCCUUCUGCAUUUCAUGAGCCCCGUUAUAUGGGAAUUGCAAUACACAACGAGAUGAUUGUUUCCGCUGCAUUCCAUGUGCUUCGAUUUCUUAUCGUUCCAUCGCUUCACCCUGACUGGACGUUGCUGCUGUUCUUCAUCCAUACACACGGAACGGUGACUAUGACACUCACGCUGUUGCUUGUGCCGAAGUUUCUACAUGCAGGGGUUCCACCACGGGAAGAGAUAGCAGCUGAAGUCUAUGAGGAUGAGCUGGACUUGAGACGUUCCAGGUCAAACCUUAACAGCAGUAUCACAUCAGCAUGGAGCGAGCACAGCCUGGACCCCGAUGACAUCCGGGAUGAGCUGAAAAAGCUUUAUGCCCAACUAGAAGUAAAUAAAACCAAAAAGAUGACCGUAAAUAAUCCUCACCUCCAGAAAAAACGCAGCUCCCGCAGAGGGCUGGGACGCUCCAUCAUGAGACGCAUCACCGAAACCCCAGAUUCUGCCAACCGACAUAGUGCCCGAGAGGACAAAGAGGGUUCCCCUGGCUCUGGUGGGGGUCAGCGGCGGAAGCAGCAAGAUGGCGGCAGCGUUAAGUUGCGUGAAGAGUCACUGCGACAGAGGGUACUUUCUUUACGCAAGUCACACAGCACAUAUGACCAUAUGCAGGAAUCCAAGGAUGCUGGACCACCCUCCCCACGCCUGGACAGUUCAACCCGUGAUUCCUCACUACGGGAUUCUCUAAUGAGAAGGAAUCUGGCCAGGAAUGUCUCCAUGCGUUCUCGUGGAGACUCUCUAAGUCAUGCCCCCCUGGUGUGUAAGUCCCUUAGUGCCCACAACUUGCUGGCUGAUAAAAAGCCACUCAGCGUCUAUCCUGGUCCCCUUCAAAAAUCCCACAGUGUGAUGGGCAGUGCCAAAGGUCCACUAGUUGGAGCUGCUGAGACUCUAACCGAACGGACCAUGGAAGGAAGCAGGAAUCCCCUUCUAGGUGGCAGCUUUGACAAAGCAGAGGUUUGCCCAUGGGAAAUGCAAGAACUCCCUCCACCAUCUGAAAGUUCUGAAAGUCGCUCUCAGAAACAUGUAACCUAUGCCCCCGGUAAAUGCAACAGCCUUGACAGUUCACAUAGUUCAGAAAAGACAAAUGUUUCAAAGAAAAAGGGUGAUAUAGGGAGCAAGCACCACAGUGUGGGUGGCGGUGAGGAGAUAAAGAGCCCAAGCAAUGUCGGAGAAAGAUAUGGGUCUUCACGAGGUGAAGACCCAGAUGAUCCUUUCUCCAUUCCAGUGACACCUGGCACAGGGUCAUUAGAUUCAGAAGGGCUCAAAACAAAGACAUCAAGCCUAAAAAGCAGAGAUACACCUGAGAAGAAUGCAGAUCAGGCAGACACCUUAAAGCCACUCCAUAAGGGCACCCUGAAAAGCCUAGUCCUGGCAGUAAGAGCGUUUAAAGGAAAAGAGUUGAAGGAUAAGGGCAAACAGCAUGCCAGUGGAGAAGGUAGUCCCUUAAGGCACAAGAUGGAAGAAAUUUGCCCAUGGGAGACAGAAUCAAAUGAUGAUGUUGAAAAUCAAAAAGCUUUUUCCCUGAGAGAGAAAGGACCUUUGUUUACCCCUCCCAAGCAAGAAGUACACAAAUCCAACAAGAGUAAAGAGGAGACUGCCUCUCCAAAUCAAACCAAGGAGGCUACACCUAUCCGCAAGCUGGAAAGGAUGAGCCAAUUGAGAGAGGCAAUCUGCCCAUGGGAGAGCAUGGAGGGGCCACAGAACGUUCCACACAAAUCAACCAGUGUAGAAAAUAGAAAAAGUGAAAUAUGUCCAUGGGAGAGUACAGACAGUGAGUGUCCUGGAGGUCUUCUCAAUCAGUCAGGGAGUAACCUAUCCUUCCACAGCCCAAGUACCAAAGGAGUAAAGGACCAGACUGAGGGCAAAUGGGAGCAGAGAAGUCAAACGACAGACAUAUGUCCAUGGGAAGUUGGACAGGAAAGAGAACCAAAACCAGAGGAGUGGAAAGCCAAGAAAGCACUUAGCUUAAAAGAACAAAUUUGUCCCUGGGAAGACACAAAAGAGGAAAAGGUGAGAUCAGAGAUUUGCCCAUGGGAGACAAGUGAUGUGGAAAGUGUGCCAUUGGGAGGCAUUAGUGGGCGGAGUCUGGCAAUAAAAUUAGAGGAGCUCGGUAGGCAGAGGGAUGCAGUCUGCCCAUGGGAAAGUGAAGAGUCAGGAGGUUCUCCAGGUCCACUUAGACAGUCUCAGAAUAAAACGUCUGAUGUAGACCCAGUCAAGUCUAAGACUUCAGAUAGUUUGGAUUUGGAGGCACAUAGGGGGGAAAUAUGUCCUUGGGAGAGUCUAGAUUCAGAGGGGACACCUGCAGUUAUGAGCCAGUCCCAAAGCCACACCUGGGAGCCAGCAAACAAAGAGUUAGAAGAGCCUUGUCCUAAGAUGUCCCCUCAGAUCAACAUGGGCAGAAUGUACAAGUCACAGAGUAAGCAGAAUUCUCUUUGUAGUUUGUCCAGUGAGGAUACACAGCCAUUAUCAAAAAUCUUAAGCAAAAGUGAAGGUCGCAUUGGUGAUCUGUAUUCUCCAGCAACCCCUGCGCAACACCCCAAGCGUUGGCAGCACUCUCUGAGGGAACAAAGUUCUGGUUGCACUAGAGGGCUGGGAUUUUCUGUCUCACAGCAACAAGGACACAUUGAGCAAAAUACAGCAGCUGCAGGAGGGGGGCAAGACACUGGCAACCUGGCAGAUAUAUGCCCUUGGGAUGGUCAAGAGAAGCCCCCUGAGAACCAGGCCAACACUAGGAAAGCAGAGGUCUGUCCCUGGGACUUCCAAUAACUGUGGUCUGGAAACCCCCAUCACUAUACCGAGUGUUGCAGAGAAAAACAAAAUUUUAUGACCGAGGCAAAUGUAAAUAUUUGGGGUUUUAGGAUGAUUUUGGAGAAUAGGAUGGUAAAAUAUGCACAUAAAUCAAGUAUAUCGCAAGAGGAAAAAAGAACAUUGAUAGAGUUAGGUAAAAAUGUUGAGAAACAAGGUUUUUUUGCUGAAAUUACUUUACUUUACAGUCAGAAAUAAACUGGAAGUUACAGGUUAUAAAAACUCAUCCUUUGUCUGUGAUAAGAGCUCAUCAAAAUAAAAAAGUAUCCUCUCUCUUUUUACA